ACUGCAAACCUGUGCCUGCAAAAAUAAUUCACCGAGCCUCACAAUGGUGGAACUUAUUGUCUUCCAGAUGAGGAUGCUGUCGGCCCCGUCCUUCCACGAUCUCGGCCAUGCGCGCGCUCGCGUCACCCGCCGCCUCCGUCCUUAAACGCCGACGAUGAGGUCGUAUUUGGAAAAGUCUCCGAUGCAGAACCCCGCACCAGCGCAGCCCGGGAUGCUGAGCCACUGCCAGCCGACCUUCGGCGACUUCAGAGCGGACACGUGGGCGCGGCGUGCCGGAGCCACCGGCUUCGGAGGAGGUUACGUUUACCAGCACCACCAGCAGGCGGACUCCGACGCCAAGCGGCCGGCCGACGGCGCCGCCACGCCGGGCGUCAAAGCGCAUGUGGCCGCCAAGGCUCCGCGCUCCUGCUUCACUUUCCCACCGGUGCAAGGUAACGGCGCCUACUGCUUGGACAAAAAUGGCGACGCUGAGCUGGGGGGCGCCAUGAUGCCGUGCGGGCAGAGUUUGCCGCUGCCGUUGGGGGGCCACCCGGGGGGGCUGUACCCCCAGAGCCUCCAUUGCGACAGCCCCGCGCCCGAUCUCCUUCUGCAGGACAGCCCUCACCAGGACGCCAGAUCGUCCACUUUUCAGAGGAGCCUACCCGGGGCCUCGCCCGGCCUGGGCCGCGGCGCCGGCAGCGGGCCUCCGUCGGCUCUGCCGUAUUUGAUCAAAGAAGAGGACGCCAUGGGCUACGCCGUUUCCAGCGCGGCGGCCGCCGGCCAGGCCGGCUUUCGCAACUCCGGGGCCGGGAUGGUUCCGAGGCCGUCGAGAGACGAGGUGAGCGACGCCGCGACGGGGGACGCGUCGCAACCCUUUAAUAAUGAAGACGGCUCCUCCCCGUCGGCUUUGUCCCCGGCGGGCUCCCGUCAUUCGGCGCGUCUGCUGUGCGCCGGCAGUCUGAAGAGACGUCGCCUUUCGCCGGUCUCCCAGUCUGCCGUCCAAACCGUCGCGGAAUCUCCGUCGGCGACCAGAUCCGUCUCCGAGGAGAUCAACAUCACCGCCAUCAUCUGCGCUUCCACGCAGAUGUCCAUGCUGGCUCGCGUCAACGGCUUCCGCGCUAACCUCUCGCCCGGCCACGCGAGCGGCGGCAGAUUCUCGUCCCCGUCCUCGUCUUCCUCCUCCACCUCGCCGCCGACGAUCCCCUGCUCUCGGGAAGCCCCCCGCAAACCGCCUCAGCACCAAAGCCCCCAGCGGGCCUCGCUGCAGGAGAGCUGUCAGCUAUCGAACUCACCUGCCACCUGCCUGCUGUCCCUGUCCUCCUCUUGCUCCUCAUCCUCUUCUUCGGUGUCUUCAGCGGAUCCGGACCAAGGCCAGGGGGCGUGCGAGAAGCGGGGCCCCAUGCAGCCGGGCCGCGGGUCUGGAGCGGCCCCCCUCGGAAACGCAGCAGGGGGCGGAGGGGGCUCGGAUGGGUUGGGGUUGUUCAUGCUAAUGUCGGGCACGUUACAAACGCCGCCUGAAAUCGGGGUUCUACUGGACAGGGGCCCAAGAUCGGGGGCCGAAACCGGGACUUUACUGGACAGGAGCCAAAGGUUGGGCGCGGAAAGCGGGGCUCUGCUGGACAUGAGCCAAAGGUCGGCGGCCCCCCUCAAGCAGGAACCCUUGGAUGACUUCCGCCCCAGCGAUGACGAACUUUUGCAACACCGCUACCAGCAUCACUUGAGUGGCUGCAACGGGCACUUUCGACACCUUCACCAGCGUCCCCGCGCCGCCAUGCCGCCCCCGUACCACCUGCAUCAGUACGCGGGGGGCGGCGGUCUCAAUAAUCACUCGCCACCGGGCUCAUCCCCGGGACUCAAGUCGGCACCGUCGUCAGCGUCCGGGGGCCCCCCCGGGUCCCGCGCCGCCCCGCAAAGCGAGGAGACCGCCGGAACGCAGGCCGAAAAGCAGUCGUGUCGCUGGAUCGACUGCAGCGCCGCCUACGAGCAACAGGAGGAGCUCGUGAGGCACAUUGAGAAGGUCCACAUCGACCAGCGCAAAGGCGAGGACUUCACCUGCUUCUGGGCCGGCUGCAUCCGCCGCUACAAGCCCUUCAACGCCCGCUACAAGCUGCUCAUCCACAUGAGGGUUCACUCUGGCGAGAAACCCAACAAGUGUAUGUUCGAGGGCUGCAACAAAGCGUUUUCGCGCCUGGAGAACUUGAAGAUCCACCUGAGGAGCCACACGGGGGAGAAGCCGUACCUGUGCCAGCACCCCGGCUGCCAGAAAGCUUUCAGCAACUCCAGCGACCGCGCCAAGCACCAGCGCACUCACCUGGACACGAAGCCAUACGCGUGUCAGAUCCCCGGCUGCACCAAGCGAUACACGGAUCCCAGCUCCCUGCGCAAGCACGUCAAGAUCCACUCGGCCAAAGAGCAACAGCUGCGUCCGUGCGCUCACCUGGAGCAGGAGGUGCUGAGCGACCACCUGCAGGGCUCGGCCCACGCGCCGCAACUUUUCGGCAACAAGGAAGUCUGCGCUCCGGGCCUCAGCCAAGACGUCUUCGCAGGCUUGUACGCCGUCUCCGGCGACCCCCACCACCACCACCACCAACGCGGGGCCUCGGCCGACCUGCUCUCGCCCGGCGCCAAUCCCGCUGUCGCCGACCUGCCCUCGCGACAGCACUGCCUGGACCCGGACCUCAACAGCCCGCGUCACCUGUCGCCCAUGGCCGCCAUGGAGGGCGCCAGAGACGGGUCGUCAGGGCCGCUCCUCUCCCCGGGGAUGAAGGGAACGGGCACCCCCCCACCGGCUCCUCCCCCCGCGUUGGACAAGCACCACGUCCAAGCUCAGCACAAGGCCCUCGCUCACUAUCACCACCAGCAGCCUCCAAAUAACGAAUUUCAAGGCAGCUUCCAGAGCUGCUUCCACUUCGCGGACUCGUACCGGAUGGAGCAGGCGGUGGGCGGCGCCGAUUGUCACGCGUACGCUUCCCAUCAGCACAACGGCUUCCACAUGGCCACCGGCGACGCUCUGGGCUCCGCAGGCUUCCACUUGAGCCAGGAGCUGCAAGGCGGCACGGGGUGCCACUUCCCCUCCGGUCCAGAGGAGGGCGCCUUCUUCCAGUCGGCCGGCUUUGAGCGCGCCCUCGGCCACAUGUCGUCGGUGUACACGGAGUCGUAGACGCGGACGUCGCGUUGCGAGCUUCUGGCCGAGACGUCGCGCUGACUUCCCGGUGGCGGAAGUCGGAGCUUUCUGCUGCUCGGCAAAAUUUCCCGUCAUGUGACCGAGGCAGCGGGAAAUUGAUUGGAUGACGAUUUUUAGCGUCCUUCUCUUCUGCUGUUGCUCGAAGGUGUCACGUGACAAUCAGAAAAAAGAUGUGACCGCAUGUCGAGUGCUUGGAAAUGAGGCAAAGCGGUGACCCCGACGAACUGAGGGGUGUCAAACUCAUUUUUUGGUCCGGGCCACAUUGCGCCGUUUUGACUGUGAAACCAUGAAAACUUUUAAUGGCGUCAUCAAAUCUGUCCAUUAUUCAAGCUGCUUAUCCCCACACGGGUCACACGAGAACCUAUCCCAGCGAGCUUCAGGCGGACUACGCCCUGACCUGGUUGCGAGUCAGUCACAGGGUAGAUAUCGACAUCAUCACUGAGUGGGAAUCGAACCCACGCUGCCCGGACCAAAGUCAGGCGUGUGUACCGCUACACCAUACAUACACUCCCGCCUCAUCCUAUUUACAAUUGGACAACUACGGCACGGUGGUGAAGCGUUGGCCUUACAUUUCUGAGGACCUGGGUUUGAUCCCGGGCCCUUCCUGCGUGGAGUUUGCAUGUUCUCCCCGUGCCUGCGUGGCUUUUCUCCGGGCACUCCGGUUUCCUCCCACAUCCCAAAAACAUGAGACAAUUCCUGGAAACUGUCAAUUGCCCCUAGGUGUGAGUGCGAGUGCGGCUGUUUGUCUCCACGUGCCCUGCGAUUGGCUGGUGACCAGUUCAGGGUGUACCUCGCCUCCUGCCGUUGACAACCAGGAGAGGCUCCAGCGCUCCCCGCGACCCUUGUGAGGAUAAGCGGCAAAGAAAAUGGAUGGGUGGAUGGAUAGUUUUGGAACCAGAAAUCAAGGCUGAAGUGUUUUUCAACUAUGGUUGAUGUUUGGGCGCACAAAAAUGCUUACAAUAGCUCAUUGUUAUCAUUUCAGGAUUAAAAUUUUGGUACAAAAUCACAGAAGUUGAUCCACAUGAUCUGCAUUCACGGGCCACAUAAAAUCACACAGUGGGCCGGAUCUGGCCCCCGGGCCUUGAGUUUGACACCUGUGUAUUAACAAACUGGAAAAUUGAUUACAAAAGUAGACGUGGUGAAAAUUCCGACAGGCAUUGAUGCCUUGAGAUAGUUUAGUGUCGGAACACAUUAAAAAAAAAAAAAAGUACCAAUACAGGCAUGUAUUCUUUAUCCUCAGCAAAGAGCAACUAAUUACAAUUAAUAUAUAUCCGUAUGAGUUUAAUAUACUGCAUUCAUGUGGCCAAGGCGCACACAUCACAAGGGAGCAGCGCGACAACCAUCAAAUUAUGGCAAAAAUCGUGAAAGUUUUUGCAUUACAUUUAAUUAUGUAACGACUGUAAGUUUUUAUUAUGUCCACUUUCUGCCACCCGGACGUUUCUUGGCGUCUUUACAAACAAUAUCAAAAUGUUGACGUGCGCACACGCCGCUGAGCGUCAAAGCUUACGUCGACGGUCCCGCCGUAUUGGAUGUGGCGGGGGGUGGGGGGGGGCGUUCAAAGUCCGAUCGCCAAGUGAAGCCGCAUAUCAUGGGAAAAAGUUUGGAUUGUACAGUGUACGGGUUGACGUGAAAAGCUGGGAUAUAGAAAAACCAUUUAAAAAAAUAACGUUUUUAUUUUUACCCCUCCCAUCCACGUUUUAACACAUUUAAAAUUAUUAAAACGCAUUGUAAACAUUUGAACAUAAAAAAAAACAAAUCGCAAGCAUAAAAUGUGUAGAAAAUACUGUACAUAGUGUUGCGUUUGUGUACAUGCAUGUGCCUUUAAGAGGCGGGGCCUGGGCGGGUGGCGCGUGAGAGUCCGGGCGUGAGCUGCGGCCGACAGCUGCGCCCCUUGUGGUUUAUUUUUUUUGUUUGUUUUUCUGUUCUGCCCGUGUUCAAUAAAUGGCUGAAAAGUGCAUCUGUGGUUCUCCUUUCCUGCGUGCGAGGGCAUCUUCGUUAAUAUUCUCAUCAAUACCAUUAAAAAUCAAAUGCGAUAUUGUGUUAAGGCACCGACAUGUCAUGUCUACAUUUCAGAAUCUGGUUAUUAAAGACAGACAAAGUACAGCAUAUAUUGAUGAGACUUCAAUAUCAUCACAGGGGGGGAAAAAAUGAGUUUUUGGUCAUUUUGGAUCUAUUUACCAAAUAUAUUAAUGUGCAAAUCAUAGCCACCAAAACACAAAAUUUUAAAUCUGAAGAUUAAGAUUAAGCAGCAAUCUCAUUUUUCCACAGUUACUGUGAUGAUGAAUAUUGUAAUACAGACUGGACCAAAGCCCACCAGAACCAAUCAAAUUGCAACUGGCAGAUGACGCGCACCCCAAAAAUGCCGACAGGUGGCGCCAAAGCGCUUCUUUUCGAAGUCUAACUAAAUGAGGUUCUUCCCUUCCUCAGUUCAACGUAGUUUCUGGGUAUCAAGAUGUAAACAGACGGUACCAAAGAACCUUGUUUUGUUUUUUUUUUUUUUUUUGGGGGGGGGGGGGUCGGUGCUGAGUUUAGGAAAUAAUUAAAGUUAGGGCGGCACUGUGGCUCACAGUUCAGAGGUCCCAGGUUUGAUCCCGUACCCCCCUGUGUGGAAUUUGGAUGUUCUCCCCCGUGCGUGCGUGGGUUUCCUCCCACAUCCCCAAAACACGCAACAUCAAUUGGACACUCUAAAUUGCCCGUAGGUGUGAUUGCAAGUGCGGCUGUUUGUCUCGAUGUGCCCUGCGAUUGGCCGGCGACCAGUUCAGGGUGCAUCCUGCCCGUUUACAGCUGGGAUAGGCUACAGCACUGCCCGCGACCCUCGUGAGGAUAAGCGGCAAAGAAAAUGGGUGGAUGGAUGUGAACUUAGAUUGCCACAAAUAAAAGGGGCAAAAUCACAAAUCCUGAAAUAUGAAUACAUGAAUACUGUAUCUUGGAUAUGAUUUGUUGACGUGUUUCACAAGAAAGCAGAACAAAAAUAUGCACAUGAUGAAGUUCGCCACUAACAACCCAGGCUACAUUGAGCUCCAAACUCCACCUACAAAGAUCUUGGAACCAUUGAAGUGUACAGUACCCCUUCAACGUACUUCCUUGACACC